AGUUCGAUUCGCGUCUCGUAGCAGCCAGGCGUGACCUGGAAAGCACGGUACGUUACGUAGUCGCGCGUGUACAUGGAAAAUAAAGAGACAAUCAGGUGAAAAAAUAAGGAAAAGAAAAAGAAAAAUACUAGUGAAUUUGUCAUUAAUUAUCAUAAUACUUUUCUGUGUUAAGAAAAUCCUCAACACCCUCUCGGCGCUGAGCGUAUUAACGCUUACGCUCGCGCAUACAACGUAUCAUGUAUAUUGUAUACACUUAUCAUUACUCGCAAUACGCGCUCGUGUAAUAUCUGUGCAUAUCUCUUGGCUCUGUCGUCCGUGAGUCGCGUACGACAGUGUUAUCAGACGUUGAUUUAAAGCAGCUCUGCUGUCUCAUUCUUAUCUCUCUUCGAAAGUUGUGGUACUUUCGGGAAUUACGUUUUCUGCGACAAAUUCAUUAAUUUCGCGUUUUAACCGUUACGGAUCGGAAUACUGGGCUCGAAUUUUAUUCACCUGAUCGCCCUGGUGAAACCGUUUGAAACUUAACUUAGUGAGGAACAUACGUUUCUCGCGUGCGCAUUGCGUAGGUGUUAUGUAUGCAGUGCGAAGAAUAAUGCGACGAUUAAGUUGAGAUAUCGUGUGCGGUGUACGGCUGAAUUUCUUUCUUCUUAAUUUUCGCGGUGUAACAUCGCGAUUAAACCGCGUGUGCUCGCUGAUAACGAUCAACAAGGUGAUCGCUUGAUCGUUUUGAUAAACAGCACCACUUGGCUUUGCUUCUUUAUUUUGCGGGGCGAGCUUGGCUAAUAUUGGCAGAACGCGUUGUCUGCAUAUACAUAUAGCCAUUUUUCACAGCUGCUGCUUGUGUGUGGUGUCAAACGAAUAAAGAAACUAGUCUAAAAGUAACGCCGCCGAGUGGCUCUGGACCUGCAAGGUGCAAGAAGAAAAAUAUUUAUUAUACCUAUCACGUGUAAAAAUAUAUAAAAAUCGUCAAUCUUCAUUGUUCGAUACGAUAUUGUGCGCGUUAAUUAACUUUAAUCGGCUACAGCCACCACCGUUGAUCCGGGAUCGAUCCUCGCAACGUACUUACGCCCGAGCGUGUCCAAUACUUCGAGAGAAGAAAGAAAAUAGAGGAAGCCGAACACCAAUUGCAUACAAAGUUUAAGUCGAGUUAUGAACGGAAGAGCUGCAGCCAGUCUGGGCACCUAGUCGAUCCAUAGAUCAUUUCUGUCCUUCGGCGCGUUGCAAUUGGCUUUGCGGAUAACUUCGUCGAAGAUGCCGGCUACCUUGACGUACCCGAUCUACGCUGGCAUCGAGCCACCGCCUCCCAGAAGACGAGCCAACACAUGGACCAGCACAUGGGUUGGACGCCGUCGAUCCUCGGCGUCCGCGCAGGAUCCUCUAGCAUCCCGGACUGGAAGGCUUUCCCUUUCCGUCCAGCCCACCACCACGGAGGAGGAGGCGACGAAUAAGCUGAGGCUCAAGGUGAUAGCCGGUCAUCAACUGGCCAAGAAGGACAUAUUUGGUGCCAGCGAUCCUUACGUCCGAGUUGAUUUGAACAAGAUCAACGGAGAUGGGAACGUCGACUCGGUGCUUACCAAGACUAAGAAAAAGACCUUGAACCCAGUUUGGGAAGAGGAAUUCAUAUUCAGGGUCAAACCAGCCGAGCACAAACUCAUUCUUCAGGUGUUUGACGAAAACAGAUUGACCAGAGAUGAUUUUCUCGGAAUGGUUGAGCUGACUUUAAUUAAUCUACCCAAGGAACAAGAAGGACGCGUCAUUCCUGCCAAGCAAUAUAUACUUAGACCACGUAGCAAUCAUUCCAGUCAACGGUCGCGCGUUAAAGGUACGCUGGAAGUGUACCAUGCAUACAUUUCGGACUCAACAGGGGAGAGCAGCAAUGGCGAAGGUGAAGCAGCGCCUGAUUCCGGUGGUUGGGAAAUGUUGGACCAGCCUGGUUCUACGUCUAAUGAUAGUCCUGUAGAACAACCUGCUCAGGCAGUAAUGAUUCAUGGGCCUCUGCCACCUGGAUGGGAAGAGAGACAAGACGCGAACGGGAGAACGUACUACGUCAAUCACAUAGCUAGAUUCACGCAAUGGGAACGGCCAACAGUCUUGAAUCAAGCACCAACGGGUGGUGUAACACAGGAGCAACGAAAUCUAGAUACCGCAGCAACAGAGUUCCAGAGACGCUUUCACAUCAGUGUUGAUGAUGCAGAAAACAGGCAUAAUCGAAGCUCUGGUCUUCAUCAGGAUGGUGAUAUCCCUCGAGAGGAGGACGAGCAUGCGGAAGACAAGGAUGACGAAGGUGGGGAACAAGGGGAAAGGGUGGUUGGGGAUGCUUCAUCGGAUUCCGGUCGUUCAGUCGAUCAGCACGGCUACUUGGGUGAAUCUGAUGAUCAGAGUGAGGAAACUGCCGAUAGCCCGACUGGUUCCAGGCGAUCCUCCGAACAAAUUGAUGGUCCGGUAGUGCCAGCGGCUUCCCCGGCCACAGCUACAGCUCCUGCAGGAGCGGCUGCUGCUCAGACACCGAACGGCGAUGGGUUGCCUCCUGGGUGGAGUAUGCAAUUGGCACCAAAUGGCAGGAUGUUUUUUAUCGAUCACAACGAACGAGCUACGACGUGGGUAGACCCAAGAACGGGGCGUGCAAGUCCUAUGCCGAGUCACAAUGCUCCUUCAGCAACACCAAGGAGUGAUUUAGAUCAGUUAGGACCAUUGCCUGAAGGAUGGGAGGAAAGAGUCCAUACGGAUGGUCGCAUAUUCUUCAUUGAUCACAAUACAAGAACCACUCAAUGGGAGGAUCCGCGGAUGUCUAAUCCUCAGAUAGCUGGACCCGCAGUUCCGUACUCCAGAGACUACAAGCGUAAAUAUGAGUACCUGAAGUCACAGCUGAGAAAACCAAACAACGUGCCCAAUAAAUUCGAAAUCAAAGUGAGGAGGACGAACAUCCUUGAAGACUCUUACCGCAUCAUUAGCUCCGUAAUUAGAUUAGAGAUUCUGAAGACUAAGUUGUGGGUGGAAUUCGAAGGCGAGGUCGGUCUGGACUAUGGUGGACUUGCCCGAGAAUGGUUCUUCCUGCUAUCGAAAGAAAUGUUCAACCCUUACUACGGUCUUUUCGAAUAUUCUGCCAUGGACAAUUAUACUCUACAAAUUAAUCCGUUUUCUGGAGUUUGCAACGAGGAGCAUCUUAACUAUUUCAAAUUCAUAGGACGUGUUGCGGGCAUGGCUGUUUAUCACGGAAAACUUUUAGAUGCUUUCUUCAUCCGACCUUUCUACAAGAUGAUGCUGAGCAAAACUAUCGACCUUAAGGACAUGGAGAGUGUUGACUCAGAAUACUAUAAUUCCUUGCUUUGGAUAAAGGAGAACGAUCCAAGCGAGUUAGAACUUACUUUUUGCGUGGACGAGGAAAGCUUUGGUCACACUUCUCAACGAGAAUUGAAACCAAACGGCGCAAACAUACCGUUGACUGAUGAGAACAAGGAUGAGUACAUAAGUUCGGUUAUACAAUGGAGGUUCGUGUCCCGAGUCCAGGACCAGAUGAAUUCCUUCCUCGAGGGAUUCAACGCACUUGUUCCCUUGACGCUUGUUAAAAUAUUCGACGAACACGAACUAGAGCUCCUUAUGUGCGGCAUACAGCACAUCGACGUUAAGGACUGGAAACAGAACACGCUUUACAAAGGCGAUUAUCACGCUAAUCAUAUAACCGUGCAGUGGUUCUGGCGGGUGGUUCUAUCGUUUAGCAACGAAAUGCGCGCCAGACUUCUACAGUUUGUCACGGGAACGUCGCGUGUUCCUAUGAAUGGAUUCAAGGAACUUUAUGGCAGUAACGGCCCCCAGUUGUUCACCAUAGAAAAAUGGGGGACUCCUGAAAACUACCCGAGAGCUCACACGUGCUUCAACCGGAUAGAUCUGCCACCGUACGAGAGUUAUCAACAGCUUAGAGACAAAUUGGUGAAAGCGAUCGAAGGUUCGCAAGGAUUUGCUGGAGUCGAUUAGCGCGGGUGUUUUCCUGCGGCGCUUAACUGCGGUUCCAUCACCGAUAUUGACUGUACUAUAGUGCGUGUAUAUAUUAUAAUGUAUGUGUGAAUGAAUGAAAGGCAGUGCACGGGUGUAUGUAUCUGCGUUUAGUUAUUAUAAUAAUACCAAUUAAUAUCCAAGCUAUAUAACCGUUAACUGUGUGCGAUGUCUCAGCCGUGACCCGGUUUCACCGUCACGCCAUGAUUGGUACAAAUACCAUACCAAACGUGUUGAAGCCUACUGCGUAGAAAUUCGACAAUCUUGAAACACAAAGUAACGUUACGCGUACGUCAUUUGGCACAGUUCGAAUAAUUUUCUUGUUUUUUUUUUUUUCAAGUCGCUGAAAACGUUAUGUUUAAACAGUAACAUCUACGUAAAUCUUGCUAUUGCUAAUUGCUUUGUACUUGAUCGCUGUGGCGAAAGACGUUUGACAAAAAGAGAACAGCAUUUUUAUAACUAAAAUAAAAUUCCGUUUAGCGUGUAACGAAAUUACGGCAUUCCACAGAGUUCACUUGUUUCUGUAGCUGUAUUACGGAUGUUCAUUAUUCGAAACCUGAGUUAUAUGUAUAAAUAUUCCAUUACACGUUAUAGACACCUAGACGAUAUCUUACGGUGUAUUGAUGUCGAGAAUUCGGCAUUCAAUACAUUUAUUUUAAUUGUAUGAAGAGAAUAACAUAGAGAGUAUCAUAGCGAUUCUAAUUCUAUACACAAGAUUCUUAUUAGUUGGCCUACGCUCCGAUACAAAAAAAAAAAAAAAACUAGUUACUUUUCAGUAGAACAUUUAAUAUCUGGCGCGUGGGCCUUUUUUUUCUGUUCCACUGUCAGUCAUUCUGUGGUUGUAGUAGUGAAAUACGUUAAAAAGAAACGGAAAAUCUCACAAAGUACACGUAGCUGAAAAUCAAAAUGAUUCCUUUACACAAAUAUCACACCAAGCCCAUUUGGGCCUAGAAAUUCAGAUUUUGGAUUUUCUGUUUUUUUAAGUAACAAAAUAAAAAUGAAAAUCGAAUCUAUGUACCAUCGAAACAUAGCCCCAUUUGUAUGUAUUAUUGUAUAUUACUGAUCAGUGAUUAUAUUUCCGUCCUUUUGGCGACGAGUUCAAUGAAAAUUAUGUGCAGAAUGUGAACAUAGAUUUUGUCGCUUGCAUGGGGGUAAGAAGAAAAAAACACGUUUAUCAAUUUUCAGAGUAAUCAUUUUAUUUUUAAAAAUUUAUGAAAAAAGGUCCAAGUGCCUUUACUGCAAUUAUUCAAUCAAUCAUUCAAUCAACCAAUGGUCAACCGUCAAAAAGUUAGCAGUGUUCAAACGAAAAGGAAUAAAAAAACAUAUGUAGCUAGGACGCUUAAGAUUGGCUGUUGAGCGCGCUCGGUCUCACGUUAAGUAUUUCGGGUGAGCUUUGAUGUGUAAAAUUAUAUUUUCUGCCCGUGGAAAAGAAAAAAUGAAUAAAAAAAUCAUUUCUGUUGAAUAUAAACUUUACCAAGUCAUACAUAUGAAUUAUGAUCGUCGACAGCGAGGCCCGUGAAAAAUACGACCGCGUAAACCUGUAAGAUAUUAUUAAUUCGUCGCAACUAAAGCUGGUUCGUUCCAAACGGUUUAUUUUUAUUUUUAUCCCGCUUUUGCAUCCGAAUGGCAAUAGUUUGCAUUGGCGCACUUUUUGCGACACGUGAGA